GCGGGUAUGACGCUGAAGGAGGAGGGCGCAUGCGGGGAUAAGGUUUGUUGAGCUGGUUACAUUCAAAGAGAAAGACAUGUAGACUUCGGAGAAAGGAACGACGACGAAAAGUCUAGCAAGUCUGUGAUUGUUUGGUCAUGGUUUCUCACAUCUUCCGUAAGAGCGGUAGGCACUCCGUCAGUCAUUCGGCACCGUCUGUAUCUGCGAUCUCAACCAGUGUGAAUGAGGACGUACCAUGCUCCUGGAUAUAUGCUGCUUUUUUAGUUCCAGUUUUAUCUGUUUUACUUACUGAGACCUCAAAUCUAUUCUUUUCACCUGUGAUCAUGAUUAAAAGUGAAAAAAAAAGUGAACGGGCACUGAGAAGUGCAUCUCCACACAGGAAUGCUUAUAAAUCAGACUUCCAUUCCAUCAAAUGCUCAUUUGAUGGAAGUGUAUCAAUUAGCUCGACUUCACCCUUCUCCAACGGAGGCAGUGACUCCCGAGGCAGACCUUCGGGCAACAAAGUGAGCAAAAUAAAAAAUAUAUUCUUGCAAAUGGAUGAAAAGCAGAGUCAAGACAGUCCCAAUAUCAGCAAACCCACGUCACCCAAAUUUCCACUGGAUUCUACCCCUUACAGGUCCAGUCUGAGUAGUGUUACCAGUCUAGAUUCAGCCUCCUUUGAGGCACGGAAAACAGAGGAUGUUUCCAUUGACAAGGCAGCACUGGCUGAGAAGUUCUCAAUGACCAGGAAGCUGUUUGAGAGUGGCCUUAAAGAGCAGUCUCCAACAGAGAGAUCUUGCUCUCCAAAAGUUAUCUGGCCUCAGCUAGUGGAGAGACAAGACAGGAAAGUGUCAGUUACUGGAGAGAGAAACUACAAACCUAAAGAGCUAAAGAAACAGGCAAAAGAAAGGGAGGACAAGGAAAAGGGAAGAAGCGAAAGUGAGACACCACCACAUAAGCUGAGUGUGUCAAUGAAUGCCGGGCCAAUAUCCAGACGUCUGGAGAGUUUUAUGUUGGACAGUGAUAGUGAGUCCCUGUCAGCUGCUCCUUCCACAGAAUCCCAUAGUCCCAUUAGUCAUUCCCAGUCACUUUCCGCUGCUAGCGACCAUUCGGAUCCCCCUUCAUCACCAGACAGUUGUAGUUCCCCUACCUCUUAUUCACUAUGGGCUGAUUCUCCUACUGAAACAUGUUUGCCCAAGUUAAAUGGUUCAGAUUCACAUGGUACCCCUUUGAAUGGAGUCUGUACGAAGACAUUACAUAACACUAGUUCCACAGCUGAAGAACAUAUUAAGUCCUCAGAAGAUACAGUCUCAUCAGAACCCACUCUUGUGUAUACAAGCGAAAAGAUCCACCACUUGUCUGCAAGGAGUAGCACUAGUCAAGCAUCUGUAGCUGAGGAUCCUGCACUUCAAGAGAAGCAAGGUGAAGGCAAGAAUAGUGAGAAGGUUCCUGGUUUGUCCACGGUCAGAGCUGAGCUGGUGGUGGUGAAGACCGAAUCAUCUGAAAGCGAGGGCAAUGAGGAGGAACAUGUUGAGGAUGAUGUUUUUGAAGAGGCUGGCAAGGAGAACCAAUCCCCAAAUCGCAAUUCUGAGAGGGUGUUGACCAGCAGCGAAGAGCUCCAAUUAACAUUCCUUGGGAAGGAAUCAAAACAGAGCAUUAGGGAACAUGAGGAGGAAUGGAGGGCGUGUGAGGAAUCUGUACAGACUGGAAGAGAGGAAGACUAUAGAGGGGAGGGAAAGUUUCUUGAGGAGAACAUAAUGGAUAAGGAAGACGAGGAGGAGGAGAAAAAAGACAAUGAGGAAAUAGAACUAAAGACAGGCCGAACUGAAGAGGAGGCAGUACUGGAGACUGUUAUGAGGGAGAGUGAGCAGAGAGCUAGCAAUGUUGACGAUAAGGAACAGCAGGAUGAACAGAGAGAAGGAGAGGACGAGGAAGAGGAUGAGGGAGUAGAGGAAGCUGUUGAAGCUUUAGAGGAGGACGAUGAUGAGCGAGAGAUGGAAGAUGUCUUAACAGGAAAAGAGCAAGAUGGUCAGGGAUCAAUUGGGAAGAGAUCUUUAAUUUGUGGAAUUGAGAAUGCUGCCUUUGUUGAUGACAAGGACAACAGGACCGAUUUGGAAUGUCAAGUGAAGGAGGAAUUUGAGGAACUUCCAGGACUCUCUGAUGAGGAAGACCUCACUCCAAAGAGAAAGAUCAAGUUCUCUACAGCACCAAUCAAGGUGUACUUUACCUUCUCUAAUGAGGAUUAUGAUCGCAGAAAUGAUGAUGUGGACCCUGUGUCUGCAUCUGCUGAGUACGAGCUGGAAAAGAGGGUGGAAAACAUGGUUGUUUUACCUAUAGAUAUUCAGAAAGGAAACGAUGGCCUGGGAAUCAGUAUAAUUGGUAUGGGAGUUGGAGCAGAUCAAGGACUGGAGAAGCUGGGGAUUUUUGUGAAGACCAUCACCGAAGGAGGCGCAGCUCACCGGGAUGGACGAAUUCGGGUAAAUGAUCAGAUUGUGGAGGUAGAUGGAAUCAGUCUGGUUGGUGUCACUCAACUCUUUGCUGCUACUACAUUGAAGAACACCAAAGGUCUGGUCAAGUUUCUCAUUGGCCGGGAGAAACCAGGAGUGGAGAGCGAAGUGGCCCGUCUGAUCAAUGAGACUCUACAACACGAGACAAGCCCUGAAAACCAGGAGCCAAAAGAUAAAGACCCCCAUAAACCCAAAAACCAUCAGCUACAGGAUCAAAAACAGAUUUCUCAAAUCCAUGACCAAUAUCAUGAUCAACAGGAAAUUGAACCACUGGCUGAAAAGAGUGUUGUGCAACCGGAUAAACAGAGAGAGACCGAAAAGAAGCAGGGGGCGGAGGAUGCAUCAAAUGACUUGACACAAGAAGUGUUUUCACAACUGAGAAGCCAAGGCAUUGAUCUACCUGAAGAUAUCGAUCCUACUGAGCUAGAACAAAAAUUCAAAGAGCUGCAGAUAAAACACAGUGUCACAGUAGCAGAACUCAAUCAGUUGAGAGAGAAGCUGCAAGUGAGCGAAGCCGAACGUAAGUCUUGGGAGACUCGAGGUGCAGCUCUUGAAAGGAAUGUGGAAGAGAGCAAGGAGCGCAUUGAAAAGUUGGAAAAAUACUGGCUUGAUGCUCAAGCCCUCUGUAAAGCCAUCAACCAGCGUUUUAAUGAAGCCCAGAGUCAACAUGAUUCCCUAAAGCUUAAAUACAAUAAGAGCAUGAUGCUUCUACAGGAGCAUGAACAGAGAAAAGCUGAAUAUGCAAGGAAAGAGGUGGAGCUGACGAGAAAACUGGAGCAAAGGGAGAGAGAAUACAAGAGCACUGUCAGGCAGUUACAACAUAAGAUAGCUUGUCUGGAGGGCUGUACUGGAUCAGACCAGCCAGAAGAGUCUUGCAGCCCGGCAGGAGAGAGUCAACCUAGCAGUCCAACCUCCGGUUCCUCUGAAAGAAAUGGACUAUCUACAGAUGACCUUCACUCUGAUGCAGACUGGGGAGAUGUUCCUCAGACGGCUCGCCUGGACUGCAGUGUAUACAGAGCCAAAGCCAAGCUGGCACAGGGAUCUCGGCGCAAGCGGCCCUCCCGAAGUAAACUCAGAGAGUCCGCGAAAGGCUCACAGGCACCAAGCCAAUCACAGGAAUCUGUGUGCGUACAAGACAACAAACAGGAAAGAACAAACAGUGAAAGAAGGCGGUCUUACCUCGAGAGCCUAGCCAUACCUGUUCCCUCCAUACAGUUUGGUCACGACCAAACACGUGAACCAAGAAGUGAAGGCAGAGGUGAUGUAUUUAUGCAGAGCCAAACACCCCAUGGAAGCAACAGCACACAAGCCAGCCUGUCUCCACCUAAAGACUCCUCCACUCCCCAGUCCCCAUCCUCCUCACAGUCCUCCUCUAGUUUGUUCCUCAACCUGAGAAACAGGAGGAGCAAAGGCAAGGAGCGCAGCAAGAGCAGAGCAAGCAGAGAUGAAGAGAGUGAUGGUUCACCAACACGAAAGACCAAAAGACGAUUCCCAGAUUUCAGUGGUAUCCGCAGAUCCGGAGGCAAAGGCAAAAAACGGGAGAGCCUCACACUGAGAGGAUCUGUAGGGAGCAGGGGAUCAGGAGAGUUACUGGAUGAGUCCAGCGGCAAUGUUUCCCCCUCUGGCUCCAUCUCGUCCAUCCCUUCCUGCAUGCCAUUUUCCUGGUUUGGGGACAGAGAGAAGGAAAAAGAGAGAGAGCGAGAAAAAGAGCGUUCUGCGUCCAGUGGCAGUCUGCCUCAUACUCCUUCAGAGGCAUACAUAGAGGAUUGUGCAAACAAGACCAACUUCUCCUGGCCAUCUCUUCUCUCUCACUCCUUAGAUUUGAGCUUGUCUGUUACGGAUGAUUCGAUCGCAGGUAGUCCUCGCUCUGUGUUGGCGGGGUUACUCAAAGAGCCCCGUCUCCUCGGGCGCUCGUACACACAUACCUUCUCCUCCUGCGAGGUGAGAGUCUGUGGGGUCACCACUGCAUGAGCUUUUCCUGUAGUUAACGGUUAGCAGUUGUCAUAUGUGUAUAUUUGAUCAGCCCUGAACUUGAACUUUUAGUUUGUGAGGUGUUUUGAAGAGGAGAGCGAGUAUCGUGGAAUGUGUGCGUCAUGAGGGAGGAAUGGAAAGAAUGAGAUUAUACUCAUAGCUUUGAGAAAGAGAGGUGAUGGUUCACCACGCAUGUCGUUGUGUUUCACUAUUAUAGCGUGGCUCAGGCCUGCACAGGUGCAGUCACAUUAGUAAAGUCACUUUCAAACCAAACAGCUUUCUGUUGGUCAAUGUGCAGAAAAUGUGUGAACUUUUCUCAUGGAUUUCUAUUGAAAUGACUGGAUUUCACUUGUGAAAUUUCAUCAGGCAACAGUAAAU